GACUACAACUGUAAACUGGCUUCAGUGUAUAUAUAUGCAUGGACACACCAAGCCUGACACACUCACAAACACGCCUGAGCGCUCAAAGAUACACAAGCCAAAAGCAGCCAAAUCACAACCAUGAAGGUGUUCGUUGUACUUGCCCUUGCAGUGCUGUCUGGCUGUCAUGCCAACCUCUUCUAUGCCGACGCACCCAAGCCACAGCUGGAGGUGCUGACUGAUGCUUUCUGGGACUACAUCGGCAAGGCCACCCAGACUGCUGAUGACACCCUCGACUUGAUCAGGAAAUCACAGUUCGGACAGGAAGUCAACGCCCGUCUGACAGAGAGUGCUGACCUGGCCAGCCAGUAUGCAGUCACCCUCCAGGAGCAGCUUCCCCCUGCAGCUCAGGACCUGAUCACCAAAGUCACCACAGAGGCUGACGUGCUGAGAGAGCGUAUGACCCAGGAGCUGAACACAGUCAGGGACACGAUUGAGCCCUACACCGACAACAUGAAGGCCCAGAUCCAGCAGCGAGUGGAUCAGCUCAAGCAGGAGCUGGCCCCCUACGCAGACUCCCUGGACUCCGAAGCCCUGAGGACCAUCCUGGUGCAGAAGAGUGAGGAGCUGAAGGCCAGCCUGGAGCAGAGCGUGAAGGACCUGCAGUCCCAGGUGGGGCCCUACACUGACGACCUGAAGCAGAAGGUGGACCAGCACCUGCAGAACUUCCAGGAACGCGUGGCCCCCAUUACCAGCAAGGUCCAGGUUGAGCUGAGUCAGAGAGCAAAUCUGGUGAAACAAAUGGUGGCCCCCUAUGCUGAGGACCUGAGGGAAAAGCUGGACCCCUACGCCCAGGACCUCCGGGCUCAGCUCAUGUCCCUCUACCAAUCCUUUGUCAGCGCCAACUAAGUCAACCUCCACCUGCUCCAUCAUUUAUAUGCCGGCCUUGUUUGGUCUACCUCGGUCUGAACCAUAAACAAAAUAAUUUAAAUAUCUGAAUUGUACUGUAAACAUAUACCCAAAAAUAAUAUUUAUUACGAUGUGCACAUUUGCACCUCUGUGAACAUGUAUAUACUUCAUUUUUGUUGUGCAUUGUGCUGCUGGAAGAUGUGACUUUUUUUUGUAAUUUCUCUAAGUUAU